AUGGAAGGAGCAUUGUUCAUCGCAAAGUGCUUCCGUAGCUUCAUGGACUUCGAGGACGAGGACAAGGUGCUGCCCAGCGAUGCUGUCAUGGAGUAUGAAGAGGGUUUCAAGCUUGUCUGCGACUCAAAAUCGCUCCUGUACCUCUUUGGCAUGUCCCUGGACUACUCAGAUGAGCUCAUAGGCGGCGGGUUCAAGUUCAACAACCCCAAUGCUGAGAGCUCCUGUGGCUGCGGCAAGUCCUUUGGAGCCUGA